CCGGAAGAGAGCGGGAGUAGCAGCAGUGAUCAGUCUGUCUCCAGUUAGCUGAAUAACAAAGUCCUGAGGAAACACAGCGGCCUCCCAAGGAACAGCCUGCCUGUCUGCCUCAUUUCAGAGUGGGUUAUUGAAGCCGAAGCCUGGUGCUUCAGUCCGGGAAGACUGCAGAGAGUCCUCCCCUGCAUUCCUCCACUACGGUCUGGGAGCAGCAUCUAUCUCCACUGUUGCUGUAACCAUGUUAAUGUCCCUCUGUGGGACCAAUAAAGGACUUCUGAUUCUGCGGACAGACAGAAGAGAGGGGGGAGGGGCGGGUUGGAAUGCGGCCUUCUUCUUUUCCCGGAUUUGAAGAGUCCUCUUCCUCGCAGCCCACCGUAUCCCAGGAUGCAAUGCGCGCCGGUGACGAGGAAACAAAGAAAAUGUCGGUCCGGUCUCAGAGAGAAAGCAGCACGUCAGGAGUAACUGAUAAAUACGUCCAGCAGCUGGUGGUGGUUAAAGAAGAGGUUCCCCCUGAGCAGCAGGAGUGGAGCUCCAGUCUGGACCAGGAGGACCCAGAGCCCCCCCCACACAUUAAAGAGGAACAGGAGGAACUCUGGAGCAGUCAGGAGGGAGAGCAGCUUCAAGGGCUUGAGGAGGCUGAUAUCACCAAGUCCACAUUCACUCCUGUCCCUGUGAAGAGUGAAGAUGAUGAAGAGAAACCUCAGUCCUCUCAGCUUCAUCAAAGACAAACUGAACACCUGGAAACAGAAGCUGAUGGAGAGGACUGUGGAGGACCAGAACCAGCCAGGAACUCAGAUCCAGAGAGACAUUUACAACCAGAGACUGAGGACAACCCGGGAGACUCUUCUGAACCUGACACUGAAGACAGUGCUGAUUGGAAGAAGACCAGAGAACCAGGUUCAAACUCUCAGAGAAAUAAACAAGACCCUGUCAGUGAUUCAAGACGACUUUUAAAUAUGCACAUGGUAAUACACACAGGAGAGAAACCAUUCAACUGCUCAGUCUGUGAGAAAACAUUUGCACGGAAAGGAUAUUUAAAUCUGCACAUGAGAAGCCACACAGAAGAGAAACCAUUCAGCUGCUCAAUUUGUAAGAAAUCUUUUAAACACAGUGGAACUUUAAAGGACCACUUGAGAAACCACACAGGAGAGAAACCAUUCAUCUGCUCAAUUUGUAAGAAAUCUUUUGCAGUGAGAGGAAGUUUAAAGGACCACAUGAGAAUCCACACAGACGUCCAGCAGCUGGUGGUGGUUAAAGAAGAGGUUCCCCCUGAGCAGCAGGAGUGGAGCUCCAGUCUGGACCAGGAGGACCCAGAGCCCCCUCCACACAUUAAAGAGGAACAGGAGGAACUCUGGAGCAGUCAGGAGGGAGAGCAGCUUCAAGGGCUGGAGGAGGCUGAUAUCACCAAGUCCACAUUCACUCCUGUCCCUGUGAAGAGUGAAGAUGAUGAAGAGAAACCUCAGUCCUCUCAGCUUCAUCAAAGACAAACUGAACACCUGGAAACAGAAGCUGAUGGAGAGGACUGUGGAGGACCAGAACCAGCCAGGAACUCAGAUCCAGAGAGACAUUUACAACCUGAGACUGAGGACAACCCUGGAGACUCUUCUGAACCUGACACUGAAGGCAGGGCUGAUUGGAUGGAGACCAGAGAACCAGGUUCAAACUCUCAGAGAAAUAAACAAAACUCUGUCAGUGAUUCAAGACGUAGUGCUGGAGAGAAACCAUUCAUCUGCUCAGUCUGUAAGAAAGCUUUUACACAGAGAGCACAUUUAAAGGAGCACAUGAAAAUCCACACAGGAGAGAAACCAUUCAGCUGCUCAGUCUGUGAGAAUAAAUUUGCACGGAAAGGAUAUUUAAAUCUGCACAUGAGAAGCCACACAGGAGAGAAACCAUUCAGCUGCUCAGUCUGUAAGAAAUCUUUUGCAGUGAGAGGAAGUUUAAAUGACCACAUGAGAAUCCACACAGGAGAGAAACCAUUCAGUUGCUUAGUCUGUGAUACAUCUUUUAAACGGAGAGACAGUUUAAAGGGCCACAUGAGGAUACACACAGGAGAGAAACCAUUCAGUUGCAGUAUUUGUGACAAAAAGUUCGCCUGGAGUCAAAAGGUCAAAAGACAUAAGUGUGUUGGUCGUCAGUCCUCACAGGUUUAUCAAACUCAAACUGAGGAGAACAGAGAGGCAGAGCCUCCAGCCAGCAGCUCAGCUGAACACCUGGAAACAGAAGCUGAUGGAGAGGACUGUGGAGGACCAGAACCAGCCAGGAACUCAGAUCUAGAGAGACAUUUACAACCAGAGACUGAGGACAACCCUGGAGACUCUUCUGAACCUGGGAUUGAAGACAGUGCUGAUUGGAAGGAGACCAGAGAACCAGGUUCAAACUCUCAGAGUAAUAAACAAGACCCUGUCAGUGAUUCAAGACGUAGUGCAGGAGAGAAACCAUUCAGCUGCUCAGUCUACGUCCAGCAGCUGGUGGUGGUUAAAGAAGAGGUUCCCCCUGAGCAGCAGGAGUGGAGCUCCAGUCUGGACCAGGAGGACCCAGAGCCCCCCCCACACAUUAAAGAGGAGCAGGAGGAACUCUGGAGCAGUCAGGAGGGAGAGCAGCUUCAAGGGCUGGAGGAGGCUGAUAUCACCAAGUCCACAUUCACUCCUGUCCCUGUGAAGAGUGAAGAUGAUGAAGAGAAACCUCAGUCCUCUCAGCUUCAUCAAAGACAAACUGAACACCUGGAAACAGAAGCUGAUGGAGAGGACUGUGGAGGACCAGAACCAGCCAGGAACUCAGAUCCAGAGAGACAUUUACAACCAGAGACUGAGGACAACCCUGGAGACUCUUCUGAACCUGACACUGAAGACAGUGCUGAUUGGAAGGAGACCAGAGAACCAGGUUCAAACUCUCAGAAAAAUAAACAAGACCCUGUCAGUGAUUCAAGACGUAGUGCUGGAGAGAAACCAUUCAGCUGCUCAGUCUGUAAGAAAUCUUUUAAACACAGUGGAACUUUAAAGCAGCACUUGAGAAACCACACAGGAGAAAAACUAUUUAUCUGCUCAAUUUGUAAGAAAUCUUUUGCAGUGAGAGGACAUUUAAACGGCCACAUGAGAAUACACACGGGAGAGAAACCAUUCAGCUGCAGUAUUUGUGACAAAAGAUUCACCUGGAGUCAUCAUGUCAAAAGACAUAAGUGUGUUGGUCGUCAGUCCUCACAGCUUCAUCAAACUCAAACUGAGGAGAACAGAGAGGCAGAGCCUCCAGCCAGCAGCUCAGCUGAACACCUGGAAACAGAAGCUGAUGGAGAGGACUGUGGAGGAUCAGAACCAGCCAGGAACUCAGAUCCAGAAAGACAUUUACAACCAGAGACUGAGGACAACCCUGGAGACUCUUCUGAACCUGACACUGAAGAUAGGGCUGAUUGGAAGAAGACCAGAGAACCAGGUUCAAACUCUCAGAUAAAUAAACAAGACCCUGUCAGUGAAUCAAGACGUAGUGCAGGAGAGAAACCAUUCAGCUGCUCAGUCUACGUCCAGCAGCUGGUGGUGGUUAAAUGUGGAGGACCAGAACCAGCCAGGAACUCAGAUCCAGAGAGACAUUUACAACCAGAGACUGAAGACAACCCUGGAGACUCUUCUGAACCUGACACUGAAGACAGGGCUGAUUGGAAGGAGACCAGAGAACCAGGUUCAAACUCUCAGAGAAAUAAACAAAACUCUGUCAGUGAUUCAAGACGUAGUGCAGGAGAGAAAGCAUUCAGCUGCUCAGUCUGUAAUCGAUCUUGUAAACGGAGAGGACAUUUACAUGAUCACAUGAGAAUCCACACAGGAGAGAAACCAUUCAGCUGCUUAGUCUGUAAAAAAUCUUUUACACAGAGAGGACAUUUAAAGAAACACAUGAGAAUCCACACAGGAGAGAAACCAUACAGCUGCAGUGUUUGUGACAAAAGAUUCACCCUGAGUAGUCAUGUCGAAAGACAUAGGUGUUUUGGUCGUCAGUCCCCACAGCUUCAUCAAACUCAAACUGAGGAGAACAGAGAGGCAGAGCCUCCAGCCAGCAGCUCAGCUGAACACCUGGAAACAGAAGCUGAUGGAGAGGACUGUGGAGGACCAGAACCAGCCAGGAACUCAGAUCCAGAGAGACAUUUACAACCUGAGACUGAGGACAAUGAUGAUUGUUAGGUUUAAACUCUUUGGGUAAGUCCCAGUAAGUCGUAUAUAAAGCGAUAACUCGACUGUUUGUGAUAAAAAAUGUUUGGUCCAAGUAAAGAGAGGACUGUGGAGGACCAGAACCGGCAACAUUUACAACCAGAGACUGAGGAGGUUUCCAUAUUGGGUUAUGUAAUUAAAACGAAAGUUAAUAUAAUCAAAUAUAAUUUUGUCGGAUCCACAAUGUAAAAUGCAUGAUAUGUCAUGAAGCUCUAUACUUAUAUACUAAAUGUACAUGGAGGCGUGUGGCGCAGUGGAUAGAGCGUUGGUGUUCGGAUCAAGGGUUCAAACCCCACUGCAGUCAGCAUGUCGUUGUGUCCCUGAGACACUUCACCCUAAAUUGCUCCUGUGGGGAUUGCCCACAGUAUUGAGUAUGUAAGUCGCUUUGGAUAAAAACGUCUAACAAGUGACAUGUCAUGUAAUGUAAUGUAAUGUUUGAUAAACUGACAUGAAAGAG